UGACUUUCCUAGUCUUUCUUGCCGUAUUUUGUUUUUGAGCGUUCUAUCCAAUCGAGGAGUUAAUACGUUCAAUUGUCACGAAUAGCAUACGUUUUGUUAAACAAAUAAAAGCACACCAUUGGAGACACUUUUGAUCAAUAUUUCUAGCAUUUAUCGACUUCAGUGUCUGCUUGACUGCACUAGCGAUUUGUAAAAGAGGAAUUGCCAUGCAGACUGUUCAUCUGUCAUCGGGCUAUGACAUGCCCAUUGUUGGUCUGGGUACUUGGCAGGCCAAGCCAGAGGAGAUUGAAAGUGCAGUAUCAACUGCUUUAGACUGUGGAUAUAGACACAUAGAUACAGCAUUUAAUUAUAAUAAUGAAGAAGCUAUAGGGCAAAGUCUGAAAAAAUGGUUUGAAAAGGGAGGUAAACGUGAAGAGCUCUUUAUCACAUCAAAGUUACCUAGUUUCGGAAAUAGACCACAGGACGUAGAAAAAUUCCUUAACCUCUCACUCAGCAGACUUGAAUUAGAUUAUCUUGACAUGUACUUAAUUCAUAUGCCUAUUGCAUUUGUCCAAAAUGAAAAUGUAUAUGCACCAGCGAUCAAUGACGAUGGCACAUACGUAUUGGAUCUUAAUAGCGAUCCUGUUUUGGUUUGGCAGGAAAUGGAAAAGCAGGUGAUAAGUGGACGUGCCAAGUCAAUUGGUUUAAGCAAUUUCAAUGAAGAACAAAUUGAAAAAGUAUUAAAUAACUCGCAGAUUAAACCAAGUAAUUUGCAGGUUGAAUUGCAUGCAUAUAACCAGCAAACAAACUUGCGUAACUUUUGCCGUUCACACAAUAUUGCAAUAACAGCAUACAGUUCUUUGGGAUCUCCAGGAGCAAAAAAGCAUUUUCAAACAAAAUAUAAUUAUACUACUGAAAGCUGUUCAGAUCUUUUAGGCCACCCAACAAUUCAGGAACUUGCUACGAAGUAUAAUAAAACGACGGCACAAAUCCUAUUAAGGCACUUAGUUCAAGAAGGCAUUAUUGUAAUUCCAAAAAGUACCUCACCCGCAAGAAUUAAAUCAAACAUUGAUAUAUUUGACUUUGAAUUGACACAAGAUGAGCUAAAACUUUUGGACUCCUUAGACAGAGGGGUGGAAGGACGAAUCUUCAACUUUUUGUACUUCAAAGGGGUUGAAAACCAUCCUUACUAUCCGUUUAAGAACGAGUUGGCACGAAACUAGCUUCGAAAAAUUUCCCAUAUACCUUACAUAGAAUUCGAACUAUUUUACAAAGAUGUUAGUUGUUACACACGCAUAAAUGGAAGAGCACAUGUUAAAUAAGCACAUACUUAUCAGAUAAAUUUAUCUGUACCUUU